ACCAAUAUGUUACAGUUUCAUUUGUUUCCUUGAAAGAUAAAAAAUAAGGUUAUAGUCUUUUUUUAAUAGAAUGUCAAUGAAAUCACUGACCAGACGACCAUUCACCCUACUCUGUCUUCCCCAGAUUAUUUUCUAUGAGGACAAGAAUUUCCAGGGCCGUCACUAUGAGUGCGACAGCGACUGCUCGGACUUCCACACCUACCUGAGCCGCUGCAACUCCAUCCGGGUGGAGAGCGGGGCCUGGGUGGUGUAUGAGCGACCCAACUACCAGGGCUCCCAGUACGUGCUGACCCACGGCGAGUACCCCGACUACCAGCGCUGGAUGGGACUCGGUGACCGCCUCAGCUCCUGCAAGAUGGUCCACAUUGCCAGUGGCUCCCAGUAUAAGAUCCAGUUCUAUGACAAGGGCGAUUUUGCCGGGCAGGUGUACGAGGCCACUGACGACUGUCCCUCUGUACCAGAGCGGUUCCGCACACAUGAGGUCCACUCCUGCAAGGUCCUGGAGGGCGUGUGGGUCUUCUACGAGCACCCCAACUACCGCGGGCGCCAGUACCUGGUGGAGAGGGGCGAGUACCGCAAGCCCAUGGACUGGGGUGCUGUGUGCCCCACCAUCCAGUCCUUCCGGCGCCUCACCGAGUAA